CUCUUCAUUGGUUGACGAGCUGACAAGUAGCAUGUGGCGGAGCGCGGCUUCCAGCAGAUGUUCUGAGCUGGGAAGUUCUCUGCACUCCGCCCGCCUAGCGUGUCCUGUGAGCGGGCAGUGGAUUCGCAACAUGCUCCGUCCGGCCGCUGGUCCGCUGUUCCUGCUUCUGCUUCCCGUGUGCCUGGCGCCGAACCCCCGUACUGUCUACUCCAACCACUGGGCUGUGCGAGUGCCGGGGGGACCCGAGAAAGCGGCGGAGCUGGCUGCGAAGUACGGCUACCUGAUCCUGGGGCAGAUUGGGAGUCUUGAGAAUUAUUACCACUUCUAUCACAGCAAGACUAUUAAACGGUCAACGUUCAGCAGCCGUGGGAUGCACAACUUCCUGCAGAUGGAUCCAAAUGUAGAAUGGCUGCAGCAGCAGCAAGUGAAGAAGAGGGUUAAGCGACAAAUCCGAGCGGACCCCAACCUUAUGUACUUUAAUGACCCUAUCUGGUCUAACAUGUGGUAUCUGCAUUGUGGAGAUAAGAGAAGUCGAUGCCGAUCGGAAAUGAAUGUCAUGGCUGCUUGGCAGAGGGGUUACACUGGCAAGAACGUGGUGGUCAGUAUAUUGGAUGAUGGUGUGGAGAGAAAUCACCCAGAUCUCAUUCACAACUAUGAUGCCUUUGCAAGCCAUGAUGUGAAUGGGGAUGACCAAGACCCAAGUCCAAGAUAUGAUGCCAGCAAUGAAAAUAAGCAUGGUACCCGCUGUGCUGGGGAAGUAGCAGCAUCUGCUAAUAACUCAUACUGCAUCGUGGGCAUUGCAUAUAAUGCCAGGAUUGGUGGGAUCCGUAUGCUGGAUGGUGAUGUAACCGAUGUGGUUGAAGCAAAGUCUCUGGGUAUCCGACCAGACUACAUUGAUAUUUACAGUGCAAGCUGGGGCCCUGAUGAUGAUGGGAAGACUGUAGAUGGGCCUGGACCACUGGCCAAAAAAGCAUUUGAAGAUGGCAUUAAGAAGGGUCGUAAAGGACUGGGCUCCAUCUUUGUCUGGGCAUCAGGGAAUGGUGGCCGAGAGGCUGACUACUGUUCCUGCGAUGGAUAUACCAACAGCAUCUAUACCAUCUCCAUCAGUAGCACAACAGAAAAUGGGUACAAACCGUGGUAUUUGGAAGAGUGUGCAUCUACGCUUGCUACAACGUACAGCAGUGGUGCCUUCUACGAGAGGAAGAUAGUCACUACGGAUCUUAGACAGAAGUGUACAGAAGACCACACUGGGACCUCAGUCUCUGCUCCUAUGGUUGCUGGUGUUAUCGCUUUGGCACUGGAGGCAAAUCCAUUGCUUAAUUGGAGAGAUGUACAGCAUCUGCUGGUGAAGACCUCCCGUUCUGUGCAUCUCCGGGCCCCCGACUGGAGGACAAAUGGAGCUGGACGCAAAGUCAGCCAUCUUUACGGCUUUGGCUUGGUGGAUGCCGAUGCUAUGGUGGUUUCAGCCAAGAAGUGGAGAAGCGUGCCGGCUCAACACAUCUGUAUCGGUACAGCAGACAGACGACCUAGAUUUAUCAGAGCCAAUCAGCUGAUUCGCACAACAGUCCAGACCAGUGCCUGUGCGGAUCACAGUGGGCAGCAUGUGGCAUAUCUGGAGCAUGUCAUUGUAAGGGUUACUAUAUCUCACCCACGCAGGGGAGACUUGCAGAUAAAUCUAAUUUCUCCUUCAGGAACAAAGUCACAGCUGCUGGGCAGAAGAACAUUUGAUUACUCAAGCGAAGGUUUUAAGAACUGGGAAUUUAUGACCGUACACUGCUGGGGUGAAAAGGCAGAAGGGGAAUGGAUGUUGGAAAUUCAUGAUAUCCCAUCCCAACUGCGCAAUCCAGAGACACAGGGGAAGUUGAAGGAAUGGACGCUUAUCCUUUAUGGUACCGCUGAGCACCCGUACAAUCCUCACGGUUUUCAUCAGGCAAGAUCUAAAACCUUGGAUAUAUCAACCGCAGACUUCGAGCCUUCUAAGGCUGCUCUCUUUCAGAGUGCUCUGGAGUUUGAGGAAGAGGAUGAGUAUGCAGGUCCAUGCCAUGCGGAGUGUGGUGACAGAGGAUGUGACGGGCCUGGCGCAGAGCAGUGUCUGAGCUGCAUCCACUAUAGUCUGGGAAGUGUGAAAUCUGGCAGGAAGUGUGUGAGCACCUGUCCCUCGGGGUAUAUGGCAGAAGUUGCUGGCCGGAGAUGUAGGCGCUGCUACAGAGGGUGUGAUAUGUGCUUUGGGCGAGGGCAGCACCAGUGCAGCUCCUGCAAGAGAGGAUUCUACCUUCAGCCGGAGAUCAGCUCCUGUACAACGUCCUGUCCAGCAGGGGCUUACGCCGAUGAAAGUCUCAAGAGAUGCCUCAAGUGUAACCCCAACUGCAAGAAGUGUCUCGGGUUCCCCGAUAAAUGUGUUAUCUGCAGAGAUGGCUACAGUCUUUCAGGUUCAAUGUGUGUGCCAGAGUGUGAGCCAGGGACUUUCUACAAUAUGGCUUUCAUGAAAUGUGACAGGUGUCACUCAUCUUGUCAUUCAUGUGUGGGGACAGGGAAGGAUCAGUGCACUCAGUGUACCAAAGACUAUAACCUGCAUGACUGGCGAUGUGUCCCAACCUGCAGCUCAGGCUAUUAUUCUGAAGAGGUUCCUGGCUUGCCGCACAAGAUGUGUAGGAGGUGUGAAGAGAACUGUCUGGUCUGUGAAGCCAGUGGGAAGAGUUGUGUGAAGUGCAAAGAUGGCUACAGCCUGCUCGUUGGAUCAUGUGUUUCUAAUCACACGUGUAACAAUGCUGACGAGGUUUUCUGUGAAAUGGUGAAGUCCACCAAGCUUUGCGAGCAGAAGCUUUUCAUCCAGUUUUGCUGUCGGACUUGUAUGCACGCAGGCUGAACCUGGUUUCUUUCAAGUAUCUUCUGCUUCCAACCAUGGAGUGACUGCUUACCAUGUAUAGUGUCCAGAACACCCACUUCUGGCAAUGGUGCUAUCUUGAUGGCAUUAAUAUACUUCAUGCCAAUGCUGACUGGAUGGGUUAAGAGGCUUUUCUACUUGACCAAACCCUAAUUUGUUGCAUUGUUAGUCACUCUCCACCACAGAUGUCUGAGGCUUUCAGCAUUUGACUUCAAUCUUUUCAGUGCAAGAGCAUACUCUGAUCGUCUUCUGGUGGCCUUGCGUUCCAGUGCUCUGCCAUGUCACUAGCAUAUUCCCUAACAGUGACACUGGUUACUGUGAUGGCUGGACAGAAGCAAGGAGGGAUGCACAAUGUGAACAGACGUUGGCUGUACCUGGUUUCACUGCUUUGUAUAUUCGGACUGAUACACACUCCACAUGUAUCCAUACAUUCCUGGGAGAGAGCGUUGUUGGUGCCAUGAACAUGACAACUUGCAAAGUUCCUAUGGUAUUGGGAUGGAUUGAUGUUGGCAUAGUGCCAUCUAUUGGUGAUCACGUAAAGCUGCUAAAUUUGUAGGGUCACCGUUUAACAAGACGGACAUGAAUUAACACAGAUCAUUAAACACUAGUAAACAUUACUUUUUUUUUUAUAGCCACAAAUUAAUCUAGAUUCGUUAUUUGCACUUUUCUGUCUACACGAUCACACAGGGCACUUCACUUACACUUUUCUUUUGAACAUGCACUCUGCCAGCAUUGUUUCACAAACAUAUUUUAAAAAAAUCCUGGUUACUGUAUUAGAAGUGAUCAGUUUGUAUUAUAAUUGUUAAUCUGUGUAAACAGUCUCAGAACAGCAAACUUCCAUUCCCAAAUGGGGAAAGGCCAGCUGGUGGUGUUACUUAGCAGCAGUCUUUGUCACAUGACACAACUGUACAUUAAAGGAAUGGAGUACCUAGUCACUAAUGCUGUUAUACAUCUAAGGCCCUUCUGUACAGAAGUUGUGAAAAGUAGUAUUUUAUGGUUCUAGCACCUCACACAACCUAUUAGAGUUCUAUGAUGCCAGUGAUAUAUGAGCUGUAAUCCCAUACAUCUGUAGAGCAAGUGCAGCCUGCGAGGUGCUGUAGCCCAAGUAAUAAUGAUGAAUCUCUCCUGAAUGCAGGGCCUGAUGUAAUAGAUUUUACAGUAAUAACCAGAAGAAAUUGCCAUCAACUGUAUGAAUGAGGUUGAGGGGAAUGCAAACAUACGAUGAUACUGAGAUUGACCCCAUGUCUUUAAUUCGGCAACUCACUGAAAUAUUGAGCAGAGGUAUUAAAUAAUGUACCAAUAGGAGCUACUUAAAGAGCUUGUCUACCAAAAAAAAAAAAAAACACCUUAAUAUGAAAGUCGUUAAAAGCUGUUAGCAUGUGAGUAAUUGCUAAAAACAGCCAGUGCAUGGGGAGUAUACAGUAUUUGGGUGGACAAUUUCUGAAAAAGAAACCUUCAAAUAUCUAAAUAGGAACAAGAGUUCUCCUGCUGGUGUCUGAGUUUGAACUGGACUUGAGAUCCUCUGUAUGUGUACCGUACAUGGUCAGACUCCCCCCUCUCCCCCCCCCCCCCCCCCCCAACACACACACACACAUAUAUAUAUAUAUAUAUAUAUAUAUAUAUAUAUAUAUAGAUACAUACCCAUCCAAGGGUACUGUAGCCAGUACUUUUCCUGGUGCCACGUGUCAUUUGGGUUGCUAUCGGGAUCCCGGUGCCUGGUAUGCCGGUGGUCAGAAUAACGACAGCGGCAUCCCGACGUACAGGAUCCUGACACCUGUUUUGAGUAUUGUAACCCUCCCUCCCCCUAACCUGCUCUAACCACAGUCUAACCCUCCCUGGUGGUGUCUAACCCUGCCCCCAUCCCUGCAGCCUGACACCCUCUCUGGCGGUGCCUAACCCUGCCCCCAUCCCCGCAGCCUAACCCUCCCCGGUGGUGUCUACACAGUUGGAAUUCCGUCACCAGCAUUGUGAUCGAUGUCGGAAUCCCGGCGUCUGUCUUCUGACCAGUGUCAAGAUUCUGGCAUCAGUAUUCUGACUGCUGGCAUCCCGAACCCCAGUAUGUUAACCGGAUCCCAUGUCAUUUGUGCUUGCAAUAUGUCAGGAGGACCAUAGUAAAAAAGUACAUGGCCCCUUAGAUGCCAGAGAGGCAGUAGGAAGCUGUGCCCUGCUGGUCACUUAAAGGAUGGUUGUUUUUAAAGUAAUGGUUGUCUAAUGCCCAGCACUGUUUUUACAAUUUUUGUCUUAAAUUAUGACAAUUGUGUGUAUUUUUCCAUAAAUGUUACUUUAUAUAAGAGGUUUUGUGUUUGGAAUAGUCUUUUUGGCCUGCACAUAUACAGUAUGCAUAAAUGAAACUGGUAUAUAUGUCCGUGUUGUAUGUAAUGUAUAUUAUAUAUAAAUAUAUUUUUAGUAGUCUUUUAAAGUGUAGCGUGUUUAAAGUUUGCCCUCAGCUCCAUUCUGUGCACAGCAGCAGGGUAAGGGAGGAGAAUGCGCCUGGAAUAAUCUUGCUGUUCACGAUGGCUUCCUCCAUUGUGCUGGUUAACUUUUAACGGCUUUUACUGCAAUACCUUGCAGAUUAAUAGAUUCAUUUAUCAUACUGGACUCUGUAUAUUUAUUGGCUUUAUAUUAAAUAUUCUUCUGCCUCAUCAGCAAUUCUGAGCUAUAGAAAAUGGAAAGGGACGCAAUUUUGUGACCUCAGUCUGUGGAACCUGAGGUCUGAUCCAAAGAUCUGCCAUCCUGAUCAAUAAAAUGCUACUUCCAUGAAA